AUGGUGCUCCGGUGGCACCGAGCCCCCCGCCCCCCCGGCGAUGGACACGCCCCCCCCCUCCGGUGUCCCCGGGCUGUCCCCAGCGCAGGGACGUGCCCCGGCACGGUGAGCGGGGCAGAGACCCCCACACACACCCCGCUAUCACGGGGGCACCCCGGGACCCUCCGCGCAGCCUCCGGGCUGACCCCCGGGACGAAAAGCUCCGCCGCCGCCGCCGCCUCCUCCUUCUCCUCCUUCUUCCACAGCAGCGCCGCGGGCCGCGCCAAGGAGGACUAUUACCAGGUGCUGGGGGUGCCCCGCACCGCCACCCAGAAGGAGAUCAAGAAGGCCUACUACCAGCUGGCAAAGAAGUACCACCCUGACACAAAUAAGGAUGACCCUAAAGCCAAAGAAAAGUUCUCUCAGCUGGCAGAAGCCUACGAGGUACUGAGCGAUGAAGUGAAGCGGAAGCAGUACGAUGCCUACGGCACGGCUAGUUUUGACCCCGGCGCGGCCGGAGCGGGCGCUGGGCGGCAGUACUGGAGCAGCGGCCCGUCCAUUGAUCCGGAAGAGCUUUUCAGAAAAAUCUUCGGAGAGUUUUCGGGAUCCCCUUUUGGCGAUUUUCAGAAUGUCUUUGACCAGCCGCAGGAGUACAUCAUGGAACUGACCUUCACCCAAGCUGCAAAAGGUGUUAACAAGGAGAUUGUGGUGAACAUCAACGACUCCUGCGAGCGAUGCAAUGGCAAGGGGCACGAGCCCGGCACCAAGGCGCAGCGCUGUCACUACUGCAACGGCACCGGCAUGGAGACGAUAAACACCGGCCCCUUCGUAAUGCGCUCCACGUGCCGGCGAUGCAGCGGUCGCGGCUCCAUCAUCACAACGCCCUGCGUGGUGUGUCGGGGCACGGGGCAGACCAAACAGAAGAAGACAGUGAUGGUUCCCGUGCCAGCUGGCGUUGAGGAUGGACAGACAGUUCGGAUGCCCGUGGGGAAGAAAGAAAUUUUCAUUACCUUCAGGGUUCAGAAGAGUUCUGUGUUCAGGAGAAACGGAGCAGAUAUCCAUUCAGACCUGCUUAUUUCGAUAGCCCAGGCCGUUCUGGGAGGCACAGCCCGAUGUCAAGGCUUGUACGAGACAAUCAAUAUCACGAUACCCCCUGGGAUUCAGCCAGACCAGAGAAUCCGAAUGAGUGGGAAAGGCAUUCCCAAGGUUAACAGCUAUGGCUAUGGAGACCACUACAUUCACAUAAAGAUAAAAGUUCCGCAGAGGCUGACGGAUCGCCAGAGAGCCUUAAUGAUGAGCUACGCGGAGGACGAGGCAGACGUGGAGGGCACGGUGAACGGGGUCACAAACACGGCCUCAGGGAAGCGUUCUACCGGGAACUAGGAGCCGGCAGCGGAUGGUCUUUGCGGUCAGGAGUGGAUCUUUCUGGCAGCGGGCUCUGGAGGCCGUCAGGCGGCAGCGCAGGGGGACUCCCAGCUGGAGAGGCUACAAACCACCCAAGCACCAACAGUCGUCAGGAUACACACACCCACCCUCCGUCCUGGGAAACGGUAAUGAAGGAAAACUCCAGCUUUGCAGAAACAUUGGUUGCUCCCCAGUCCUUGCAGCUGCUGGAAGCUUAUUUGGCAAAAAUUAAAACUUGAAGCGUUAUUUAAAAGCCAAACCAGUGGAAAUGUGAAAAAAUAAAAAUUGUCCUUCCAGCA